CCCGAAAGCCGGAUCCAGCCGGCAAGUCUCGCCGGCUGCAGGGGUCCCGCCGGCGGAAGUGAGAAGGGCGGCGUGGGAGGAGGCUGAAGGCUGGGGGUUGGGAUUCCCCACCCGCUUGACGCCGCCAGGGAGAACCCGAGCUACGACGCCCGGCGCAGGGCAAGCCAGGCCUUUUUUGGUGCUGAGAGAGAACAGAAGGGCAGGGCGGUCGCCUUGAGGGAACCAGGCUGAGCCGCCGCCGCGGACACCAGGAGGAGGGACUGCCCUAGAGGCUGGCCGAGCGCGGGAGCGGGCGGCCCAUUGCCUCCUGCUCGGGCCGGGCCGCCAUCCCUCGGCGCGCCCUACCCGGAACCCGACGAGCGCGUGGGGGCGGGGAGGCGAGGCGCAGAGCUGGCGGGGAGUCCCCCGACCCCCGGGGCCCCAGCCAUGUCGGCGGAGGAGAUGGUGCAGAUCCGCCUGGAGGACCGCUGCUACCCUGUGAGCAAGAGGAAGCUCAUCGAGCAGAGCGACUACUUCCGCGCCCUCUACCGCUCCGGCAUGCGCGAGGCCCUGAGUCAGGAAGCCGGCGGCCCGGAGGUGCAGCAGCUGCGCGGCCUCAGCGCGCCGGGCCUGCGGCUGGUGCUGGACUUCAUCAACGCUGGCGGGGCCCGCGAAGGCUGGCUCCUGGGCCCGCGCGGGGAGAAGGGCGGAGGGCUGGAGGAGGAGGAGGACAUGGACGAGGUGAGCCUGCUGUCUGAGCUGGUGGAAGCGGCCUCCUUCCUACAGGUCACUUCCCUACUGCAGCUGCUGCUGUCCCAAGUGCGACUCAACAACUGCCUGGAAAUGUACCGCCUGGCGCAGGUGUACGGGCUUCCAGACCUGCAGGAGGCCUGCCUGCGCUUCAUGGUCGUCCACUUCCACGAGGUGCUGUGCAAACCCCAGUUCCACCUCCUAGUGUCUCCUCCCCAAGCUCCAGGGGACAUCAGCCUGAAGCAGAGGCUGAGGGAGGCCCGAAUGACUGGGACUCCUGUCCUUGUGGCCCUGGGGGACUUCCUGGGGGGACCCCUGGCCCCUCAUCCCUACCAGGGAGAGCCUCCGUCCAUGCUCAGGUAUGAGGAGAUGACUGAGCGUUGGUUCCCGCUGGCCAAUAACCUUCCUCCCGAUCUGGUGAAUGUCAGAGGUUAUGGGUCGGCCAUCCUGGACAACUACCUCUUCAUAGUGGGCGGGUACAGAAUCACUAGCCAGGAGAUCUCCGCAGCGCAUUCCUACAACCCUAGCACCAACGAGUGGCUCCAGGUGGCCUCCAUGAACCAAAAGAGGUCUAACUUCAAACUCGUGGCUGUUAAUUCAAAACUCUAUGCCAUCGGUGGGCAGGCUGUUUCUAAUGUUGAGUGUUACAAUCCUGAGCAGGAUGCGUGGAAUUUUGUGGCACCCUUACCAAAUCCUCUGGCUGAGUUCUCUGCGUGUGAGUGUAAGGGAAAAAUUUAUGUCAUUGGAGGAUAUACCACCAGAGACCGAAACAUGAACAUUUUGCAGUACUGCCCCUCUUCAGACAUCUGGACACUCUUUGAAACAUGUGACGUCCACAUUCGCAAGCAACAGAUGGUGUCUGUGGAGGAGACCAUCUACAUUGUGGGGGGGUGUCUCCACGAACUGGGGCCCAACCGGAGGAGCAGCCAGAGCGAGGACAUGCUCACUGUGCAGUCCUACAACACUGUCACCCGGCAGUGGCUCUACCUCAAGGAGAACACAUCCAAAUCCGGGCUUAACUUGACUUGCGCUCUCCACAACGACGGCAUCUACAUCAUGAGCAGGGACGUGACCCUGUCCACCAGCUUGGAGCACCGAGUUUUCCUCAAGUACAACAUCUUUUCAGACAGCUGGGAAGCAUUUCGGCGUUUCCCAGCCUUUGGACAUAACUUGCUGGUUUCUUCUCUUUAUCUGCCCAAUAAAGCAGAAACAUGACUGAAUUGACUUAGUAUUUAAAACAAACCUGGUUCAAGACCAAAAAAGGAAAAAAACAAAAACAAGAAAAGGUGGUAUCCCAUUUCAAGGGAGACUGAUUUCUAAAGGGAAAAAAAUGUGGGUUAAAAUAAGUCACAUAUAUACCAGUAGCAGCUGUAAAUAAGCUUACUUGAACUAAUUACUUGAAAACUUGUGGAAAAAGAGACCAACUUUAUUAUUUUUUAAAUUAUUGAUUUUUAAAUUAGGGGAGCAAAUCCAUGAUAACGUUUUCAUCCAAACACAACACUCGGGCCAAUGACUGAAACUUAGCAUUAAAAAGUGGAUUCGUUGGGUCUGCUUGGUAAAGGGCCAAAGUCAGUGAUCAACGUGAAUGGUAAAGAUGAUUUUAAAAUCUGUUUUAUUUAGGUCACUUUAAAUAUCAGUAGUAUCUUAAGUAGGAGUCUUUUUUUUUUGUUAUCACUUUACUUGACAGACAUUCAUGUUAACAUUGUCAUUCUCCCUGUCCACCCCGUCUUACCCACAGGUACUUCCAAUGUGUUUAAAAUAGGGUCCUAUGUUCAUGUAUUUUAUUUGCACACUACUUUUCAGGAAACCUGCAAUGAUGGAUCCUUAGAGUGAAUCCUUGCAAGCAGUCUACCCAAAACUCAUUAAAAACAUUCUCAGUUUUCUAGUC